AUGUGGCAAGCAAAGGUUUGGAGAUGCAUAUCCGAAGACAUCAAAUGGUGUGUUCGAAGUUACAUCUCCGAAUUCUGGGAUGGCCCAGCGACUGCUCUGUACAUGGUUUUGUUGGAUCGGAACGAAUCAUCAACUUUUGCAGACAGUGCACAAGCUGAUAUCUGGAGCAGUUUGCAGUUAUUGAUUACAAUGACUCUUCACAUUUCUGUGUUUUUCAUACUCAGCAUCUACUCUUAUGAGUUCCUUGAGAUUUGCUAUGGAACCUGUGACAAGAAGACAUUCACAUACUUUGCCAUCCUUUGGAUAAGAUCGGUUAUUGUAUUACAGGUUAAAGUACUCCUCUUUAUUAGGAUGAAGCUAAAGUUGUGUCAUUUCAAAUGGGUACAGAAUCUUGCAAAUUGGAUGAAAAUUUGUUUCACUGAAUCGUCAUCUUUUGCAGGGACAUGA